UGACCACUGUCAUGGAUGCGGUUUCGUGUUUAUCAUCCGUUCUUGGCAUUGCUACUUUGGUGCUGGUUUGGUUUUCAUGGCGAAAACAGAGCAAGAGAUUGCCACCGGAGGCGAGUGGCGCGUGGCCUAUCGUUGGCCACCUCCACCACUUCCGAACCUCGGUUCCCUUGGUUAAGACUCUGAGCGAGUGGGCGGAUAAAUAUGGUCCGGUGUUCACCAUCCGCCUCGGCAUAUCCCGGAUCCUGGUGGUUAGUAGCUGGGAAGCCGUCAGGGAUUGCUUCGCUACCAACGACAAGCUCUUGGCUGCACGCCCAACUACAUGUGCAGGUAAAUACCUUGGUUACGAUUAUGCGGUCUUUACUUUCUCAACAAACAAUUCAUAUUGGCGAAGAGUACGGAAAUUGGUGGUGGUGGAGUUACUCUCCAGCAGAAGACUUGAGAAAUUGAAACAUGUUUGGGUGUCUGAGCUGCAAACCAACAUCAAGGAACUCUACACUUCUGUUUCCAUGGAUAACAACAACCACAAGGACAACAAUCUCUCUGCUCCGAAAGUGAACAUGAGCCGAUGGUUCGGACAUUUAACCUUGAAUUUGAUAAUGCAGAUAGUGGCUGGCAGAAGGUACGAGUAUCGGAGUGACGGGGUGAUAAACGAGGAGGCACUGUGUCUGAAGAAUGUGUUCAGACAAGUUAUGUAUCUGUGGGGAGAGUUUGUCUCCGGGGAUGCCAUAUUUCCACUCUGGUUUUUCAGGUGGUUGGACUAUGAAGGCCAUGUCAAGUCCAUGAAAAAAGCUGCAAAGGAGGUUGAUGCCAUCUUGCAAGAUUGGGUGGAUGUUAGGAGGAAGGAGAUGAGAAGUAACGAAGAUCAGAAGUUUAUUGAUGUGGAUGCCAUCUUGCAAGAUUGGGUGGAUGUUAGGAGGAAGGAGAGGAGAAGUAACGACGAUCAGAAGUUUAUCGAUGUCAUGCUUUCGAUGAUUGAUGAUCAAUUUACAAAAGGUUAUCAUUACACCCGCGACACAAUUAUUAAAGCAAUAGUGUUGAGUAUGUUACAAGAUGCCAGUGAAACAUUUGCGAGUCACUUGACAUGGAUAUUGGCUGUAUUGCUAAAACAUCCCGAAUCAUUCAAACGUGUUCAAGAGGAGAUAGACACUAAUAUUGGCAAAGAAAGGUGGGCAGAAGAGUCUGAUACUAAGAAUUUACCAUACCUUCAAGCCGUAGUCAAAGAAACAAUGCGAGUAUACCCACCAGGACCAUACCUAGCUCCACACGAAGCGAUCAAAGAUUGUAUAGUAGAUGGCUAUCACAUCCCAAAGGGCACCCAACUAUACGUCAAUGUUUGGAGAUUGCAUCGUGAUCCUAAAAUCUGGUCUGAUCCAGAAAAGUUUAUACCAGAAAGGUUCAUGACAAAUUUAGAAGGGGAAGAUGCUCAAAACAGACAAUAUCAAUUUGUCCCAUUUGGUCUUGGACGACGAUCAUGUCCUGGAAAUUUAUAUGCAACACAAAUUACACAUGUUGCAGUUGCUCGACUAUUUCAAGGCUUUAAUUUCAGCACAAUUCCAAAUGAGCCAUUGGACAUGACUGAAGGUGGAGGCAUUACCUUACCUAAAUUAACUCCCUUGGAAGUACUCAUUACACCGCGUUCCCCUGCUCUAUUUGAACUAUAAGCAUAUAUGCUUAAUGGGCAGGUAUGUGUUUUUAAUUUUCUAUUUGGUCAAAUAAAAGUCUUUAGUGUAUGCAUGGUGUAUACAUGCAUAUAGAAUAAGUGAAUGGAAUUUCGAUUCCCAUUUGCUCUAUAUUACUUUCGAAAGUACACAACAUUUUCUUAAAUGUGUUAUCUAUUAAAGUUUCGAUUUUAGAA